UUAAAGCGGCACGUCGACGACACUUUUUCCACACUGACUGACAGCAAAAGUUGCCAUUGUGCGAAGAGUUUUAAAGAUAAGGUGAAUAACUGCGUUAAAGACUCGGUCUGCCUGAAUUGUUUUGUAAACUCGGUUCGACAAGCGCUUUGAAGACACGGACGCACGUGCUGUCAAUUUGGCCCAACAUGAACUCUGAAGUGGAUUACGGGGGUCCCGGAAGCAGCGGGAACGGAAAAUUGCGACAGUGGCUGAUUGAACAGGUGGAUUGUGGGAAAUAUCCCGGUUUGGUGUGGGAGAACGAAGAGAAAACCAUCUUCAGGAUACCGUGGAAGCAUGCAGGCAAACAGGACUACAACCGGGAAGAGGAUGCUGCGCUUUUUAAGGCCUGGGCGCUGUUUAAAGGAAAGUAUAGGGAAGGGGUCGACAAGCCUGACCCGCCGACGUGGAAGACGCGUCUCCGCUGUGCCCUUAACAAAAGCAACGACUUUGAGGAGCUAGUGGAUCGCAGCCAACUGGACAUUUCGGACCCUUUCAAGGUUUACCACAUCAUUCCUGAGGGCGCCAAGAAAAGGACGAGAGAAGAGGACAGUCCAAUGAACUAUUUAAUGAAUUCAGCCUAUCCUACCCUUCAAACUCAGAUACCACAGUAUGUUCCCUCGCCAGAAUGUGGCUGGAGAGACUUCAGUCAGGAGUAUGCCCCUUUGCCAGAGAUUCCCUUUACUCCGUGUCCAUGUCCUCCCCGCAGCCUGCCAUGGCAGGGCGCAUCAGUGGAUAAUGGAUACCAGCUAAGAGCCUCAAUUUACUCUUAUGGUUCUGCUGACAGUCAGCCUUCACCCUUUAGUCUGGACACCAGCAUCAGAUCAGCAGAAGCACUUAGAGAUCCACGCCUACAUAUCACAGUAUAUUUGCGGGACACUCUAGUGAAGGAGGUGACGACCUUCAGCCCAGAAGGCUGCCACAUCACUCCAGCCUCCCCAGAAAAUACACACUACUUGUCCCCAGGAGGCCACGAUGUGGUACCACUGCCUAUGGAAACCAUUUCAGCUCAGAUGAGUGGAGAGGAGCGUCCCGCGAGUCCCUCUUCCUCCUUCGAAGGAGGCGUGCUGUGUUGGAUGGCCGCAGAUGGACUCUACGCUCGGCGUCUGUGUGAGGGCAGAGUGUAUUGGCAGGCGGGACUGACACCCUAUGGGGAAAAGCCUAAAAAGCUCGACAGAGAGGUCGCCUGUAAACUACUCCACAUGCAGGAUUACCUUGCAGAGAUCCAGAGUUAUAGUCUCCAUGGUCGACCACUGACCACCCACUUCCAGGUUCUUCUGAGUUUUGGAGAUGAGUGUCUUGAACCUCAAAGAGCAUCUCUCAAUGUCCAGGUGGAGCCCCUGUUCGCAAGACAGCUCUUAUACUAUGCACAGCAGACAAGCGGACACUUCUACCGCAGCUACGAGCACUCGGGACUCAUGGAACAUACUAGCUUAUCAGAGGACUAUCACAGGGCCCUUACACAGCAUCACGGCCUGCAGAAGUGACCAAAGCGGAUUCAUGAAACAUGCAACAAUGCAAAUUCACAAAAUGAAUGUCUUUUUUGUUUUGUUUUUUUACUAUUUGGUAUGGGAAUGUCAGCUGGUCUCUGCUUCAUUUUAGCGUCUUGUAUUAAGCAAUACAUUGGAAAACCUCAAUAGGCCUAUUUUAAUGAGGAAAAUAUGCCUCACGUCAGAUAAACAACAGCAUAUUGUAUAUGCAUUUGUUAAUUAGCUAGCCCAGAGGUCAGCAACCUUAGAUACGCAAAGAGUCGUUUUGAGCGUCUCCCAACCAAAGAUAAAAUACCAGGAGCCACAAAAGCCCCUUGACAUCUAACAUUUAAUGAAUUGCAACAAAAAAAAAAAGUUUUGAGUUAUCUAAAGUUUGUCUGAUGGGGGUCAAAACGUUUAUUUUAUUGUUUGUUUUAGAACAGCACAAGCAUCUUGAAAUUUAGAAUUAGGUUUGAAAAAUAAAAUCUAAAUUCAAAGCAAAUACUCAUUAACUCAUCGUUUGCCAUUGACGGCAAUAGAUAUUCAAUCCAUUUGAAGUGAAUUGGACAUCUACUCAUGAUACUCAUUGAAAUUCAUGAAGGAACCCUGAAAAACCUGUCAUCGCCCCUACCAAAAGGGCCUAACAGUGGCCAUGUUAGUAGGGGCGACAUUCCCAUCAAGCUCAAAUUUGCAUUUAGAUUAAAAUGAAGUAACAAGCUUAUUUCUCAAGUGAUUAUUUUAUCAAUGUCAAAACAUCUGUGAUUCACUCAGUGCCUGCCAUUGAUGGCGCGAGACGUCCAAUCCAUUUGAAGUAGGAGGGUGGCAGCGAGUGAACAUUUGUUCACUCCCACUUCAAAUCGAUUGGACAUCUACUUAUUGGAAUUCACAGCAGAAGGAUGAUUUGGCAUUUAGCAUCGUCAAUGGCACUGAAAAAGUUAACUGCCAUAGUUAAAAAGAGCCACAGCAAAAGAAUAAAAGAGCCACAUGCAGCUUUCGAGCCGCAGGUUCCAGACCCCUGGGCUAGCCAAUGUACACGAAUGUUCUUUGAUUGACAAAACUCAAUAUUUGGGUUGCAGCAUUUUCCUCACAGUUGAUAUACUCCAGGUUUGAAUCUCAGCUCGAGCAUUGCUAUAGUAAUGUUUGCAUGUUCCGAACUGUGCAUUUGGCGAUGCUGUAUUUGCUUUAUUAUUUUUUUUUAGAUACAGUAGGUGUCAUUGUCCUAAAUUCAAAAUGAAUUACCUGUGCAAACAUGCUAAAGAAUAUAGUGUGGGGGUUCUCUUUAAAAGUGUUGUUUUUUUUUUUUUUGAUGCCAGAUGUCAGUAUCUUUGUUGGAAAUAAUUCACUCCACCUAUCAAUAUAUAUUUUCCUAAUAUAUCAUUGUAUAUUUUUAUAAUGUAAUAAUCAGUACAUCAAAUUAGGCUGCAUCGUUGCAAUAAUGAAAUGAGAUAUUCAAUGUAAA